AGGCACGUGACGUUCGCUUCGGGCCGAUCCGCUGCAGCAUCCGCGGUGCUGGGCGUGGGGCGAGGGGGUGGGAAGUGGCGCCGGCGCCGGCCGUGAAGCACGAGACCAUGGAACCAAAAUGGUGGUUGUUUAUGGUUUUGCUGCUCCUUGGAACAGUGGUUCAGGCACAUGAUGGACAUGAUGAUGAAGAUGAUGAUGACGAUGAUGAUGUGAUUGAUGUAGAAGAAGAUCUGGAAGAUGGCAUUGAGGAAGUAGAAGACUCAAAGCCUGGAGAUAGCGCUACUCUUCCACCUCCAUCACCAAAGGUUACCUACAAAGCCCCAGUUCCAACAGGGGAGGUUUACUUUGUUGAUGCCUUCGACAAGGGAAUGCUGGUCGGAUGGGUUUUAUCCAAAGCCAAGAAGGAUGAUACCGAUGAUGAGAUUGCCAAAUAUGAUGGUAAAUGGGAAGUGGAAGAAAUGAAGGAAUCUAAACUUCCAGGAGAUAAAGGGCUUGUAUUGCUAUCACGAGCCAAACAUCAUGCCAUCUCUGCGAGGCUGAACAAGCCCUUUACAUUUGACACUAAGCCCCUCAUCGUUCAGUAUGAGGUGAAUUUCCAAAAUGGAAUAGAAUGUGGUGGUGCCUAUGUGAAAUUGCUUUCAAGAACUCCAGAAUUGAAUCUGGAUCAAUUCCACGACAAGACCCCUUACACAAUUAUGUUUGGUCCAGAUAAAUGUGGGGAGGACUAUAAGCUGCACUUCAUCUUCCGGCAUAAAAACCCAAAGACAGGCAUUUAUGAGGAGAAGCAUGCUAAGAGACCGGACACAGAUCUGAAGACCUACUUUACUGAUAAGAAAACACAUCUGUAUACAUUAGUCUUGAAUCCAGAUAAUAGCUUUGAAAUAUUAGUUGAUCAAACGGUUGUGAAUAGUGGAAACCUGCUAAAUGAUAUGACUCCUCCUGUGAAUCCUCCCCGGGAAAUUGAGGAUCCAAAUGACCAGAAGCCUGAGGACUGGGAUGAGAGGCCCAAGAUACCAGAUCCUGAUGCUGUCAAACCAGAUGACUGGGAUGAGUCUGCUCCUGCUAAGAUUCCAGAUGAGGAUGCUACAAAACCUGAAGGCUGGUUGGAUGAUGAGCCUGAAUAUGUAUCUGACCCAGAUGCAGAGAAGCCAGAGGACUGGGAUGAAGAUAUGGAUGGAGAGUGGGAAGCUCCCCAAAUUGCGAACCCAAAAUGUGAGUCAGCCCCUGGUUGUGGUGUCUGGCAAAGACCUACCAUUGACAAUCCCAAUUACAAGGGCAAAUGGAAAGCACCUAUGAUUGACAAUCCUAACUACCAGGGAAUCUGGAAACCCAGGAAGAUUCCAAAUCCAGAUUUCUUUGAAGAUCUAGAGCCUUUUAAAAUGACUCCUUUCAGUGCUGUGGGUCUGGAGCUGUGGUCUAUGACAUCAGACAUCUUUUUCGACAACUUUAUUAUUUGUGCAGACCGAGGAGUUGCAGAUGAUUGGGCCAAUGAUGGGUGGGGUCUGAAGAAAGCUGCUGAUGGGGCUGCAGAGCCUGGUGUCAUGGGGCAAAUGCUUGAAGCAGCUGAGGAGCGUCCAUGGCUUUGGGUGGUCUAUAUCCUUACUGUGGCCUUGCCAUUGUUCCUUGUGAUCCUGUUCUGCUGUUCUGGAAAGAAACAGCCCAGUGCUGCAGAGUAUAAGAAGACUGAUGCUCCUCAACCAGAUGUGAAGGAGGAGGAGGAGGAGGAGGAGAAAGAGGAGGAAAAGGAGAAGAGAGUUGAAGAAGAAGAAACUGAAGAGAAAAUUGAAGAGAAGCAAAAAAGUGAUGCUGAAGAGGAUGCAGGUACUGUUAGUCAAGAGGAUGAAGAUAGAAAACCUAAAGCAGAGGAAGAUGAAGUUUUGAACAGAUCACCGAGAAACAGAAAGCCACGAAGAGAUUGAAAGAAUUUAAGAACUUGAUCUGUGAUUCCCUUUUCCCCCUAUCCUCGAUGUGAUCCUAGGAGAGGACCUGGGACACACCUUAUAUGUUGAAACCCAGAAAAACCUCAAGACUUCACUAUCAACAGAUUCCAGUCAAAUACUAUCCAAUGAAAAUUUGAGCAUCUAGCAGUAAUUAAUUGCAGUUGUGAUAAAAAGAACACCAUUCCUGUAGAAAGAAAGCAUUUAAUGUAUGGGCUAUGGAUUCUGGAUGUAACAUGAAGCAACUAACCUGUUGGGUUUUUUUUUGUUGUUGUUGUUGGUUUUUGGUUUUGGUUUUUUUGGUUUUAAAACACUUUUAAAAAAAUAGAAUGUUAGAGUAUUGCCAGUCUUCAAGAACCUUGGCUUAAUUUAAUGUAUUAAUCUAUCCAUGGAAAAAUAACAGCAAAGUUUAGAAAAUGCUAGGUGAUGAAUUGCAGUUUUUAUAACGUAGUUUUUUUUUUAUAAACUUCGAUAUUCCAAAACAUUGAAGUGUCUAUGUCCCUUAAAAUUGAUAAUCAUGUUUAAAGUGAAGUUAUUUGUGUGGAUAACAUUGAUUACUCUCUCCCACUCUUUCAUUCUACCUCUUCUGGAGAUUUGAGAUUGGGGGAGAAUUCCAGACCAUAAUAGAUACUGUUUGAUUAAGCUAUAUUAAAAACAGAGCUACAAAAAAGGCCCUUCUUUUUCCACUCUGUUGGAAGGAGCACGAUUAGGCCACCAUAUGUAUGUGUUGUGUUGCCUUUGGUUACUGCUAAGUUCCCAGUAUUCCAUAGUUGGCACUGAGAAUAAAUAUGUGGGGAAACUUACCAUUGGUACUUAGGCAUUCAGGCUUCCCAGGCUGGUUGUCUGGGCUCUAACCUUACGUGGUUUCUCUAGACUUUGAGCACUACUCAUUGGGGCUGUCGGGGUGUGCGAGUGUGUAUGUAUGGGGUCUUAACAAUUUCUCCUUCCACUCUGUUGAUAUUGUUUUCCCCAUCCCAGGCUUUUCCCUGCUGCUAUGCAGUUUCUUCAGAGUGCAGCUUGCCCUCCAUUGCUGGAAAUGAUUAUAUGCUCAGCACAGUCAGUGUUAAACUUGAGUGGUUUUACCCAAAUGUCUUCAGUGUCCAAAUACAGCAUAGAGCAUAGUCCCCCAUUAUUCCAUUUAUGUCUUUAGAGAUUAUAGUGGUCAGAACAGACAAGCUGAUUCAGAUUUGAUUCAAACCGAAUGCAAUUGUUCAAAGUAUUGGGCUUGACAGUGGAGUUGUCUGGGGCUUGUAGAACGAGCUACCCGGUAUACAUAACUGUUGAAAUUUUUCAAAUCUUUAUUUGCUCUUCAUUUAACAAUUGCAUCUUAAAGUACACUUGAAUGUAGGGGAUUCCAAUUCAAACAAAAAGUUGCUAAGUGGCAUAGUGUAUUGCUGGUUUUAGGUCUUUUCUUGGGGGGGAGGAGGGGGAAUUAAAAUGCAGGUGAGGGUUAUCUGAGCAUUUACUUCAAAGAGUUAAUGCUUUGUAAUGACAUUACAUUCUACUGAAAUAUAUUGGGAGCUGAAUGUUGAUAUUUUAGCUCUAUUUGUUUAGAAUAGCUUGAAACGUACUGAUUCACUGUCCUUGCACUGAAUAUGUAAACACUCCACAGUGUUCUUAUUGGGAACAGCAGGAGGUGAUAUUAGAAUGCUCAAAAGGAAUUGUGGUGUCAGUUUAUUUUGUAAACUACUCCAUGACUGGCACGUUUCUUUAAAGGUUGAGAGGCAACAGGUGGAGGAGUAGACAAUAUUUUUUCUGCCUGUUCAAUGCUAUCUCCUUUCAUGUUACCUUGCUAGGUCAAAGUGGCCAUAAAUGUAGCAAUGAAGUCCAGUAUAAAUAAACCUUUGUUUAGUAAGGGCCUGAAAGCAUGUUUACAGGUAUCUACUUGAAGCAAAAGUAUGGGACCAUUGCGCUUCCAACUGUACCUUCAGAACAUAUUAUGUGCCUCUCGUUGAGAUUUGGUGAUUUUCUUCUGCCUGGGCUAUGGAAACUUAAGCUGACCCUGCAUUAUUUUGAUUCUUUAAAAUAGGCAUCUUCAUGCACCCUACAUGACCAGGAAGUUUUCAGAACUUGUCAUAUAGACUCCAUAUUGCUUAACACAAGUGUUUUUAUGAACAGUGGCUCUUCCUGGUUCACUCUCUCCUCCCUAGUGUAAGGUGAGGCCUCCUACUUCAGUAUCUGACAGCUUUGUCAUGGAUGACCAGCAGCGCUUUGCACAGCAGCUCAACAAGAGGCAACAAUGUUUAGUUAUUUUACACUCCAGUUGUCUGGUUCAUUAAUGUGCAAAUUCCUGUCCUCCAACACGUGCUCCUUAGUUUCUCCCAUUCACAGAAAAAGUGCUAUUCUUUUCCAUAUGUCAAGCUACUAAAUGGUGUUGCAUUAAAGCUACAUGUUAAUCUCUUCUGCUUUUGACUAAGCUUCUUUACCUUCAUUGUGCAUGUUUUCUCUUUCAGUGUGCACUACUUUGAUUUUUGAGAGGGAAAGGGUGUUUAAAGUCAGUCUUCCCCUUUACUUCCAACACAUUGUGGGAAAGUUAAUAUAGAUCUUGACUCAACAGAAAGUAUUAGGAACUGUCUUAGGAAAAUUUUGAUUUUUAUAUAAUUAGAAUUUGGGUUCAGGAAAGGAAGCUGGGAGCCUGAACAGCAAAAUAAAGAUAAACAUGCUUGUUUGGUAUUGUUGGUUAGAUCAUAGAUUCAAAGUAUUUUCAGCUGUUAAUUUGUUUGUUAGGUGGUUAAGGAUUUGGGGGGGCCAAUGAUGAUUUUUCUCAAAAAGUAACCAUUGCUACUCCAAACCAGAUAAUAGACUCCAGUUUUAAUUUCUGAUACUAGGAGUGCUUAUUAAAACUAUGCCAAAAGGAAGCUUUUCUAUGAAUAGAGGGGUUUUUUAUGUUGCCAUACUAAAGGGGGGGGUGCAUAUAGAUGCAGCAAAAUUGAUGCUCAUUACUGGCUCAUAUUUGGUUUUAUCUUUAAAAUGGAGGAAAUAGAGAACAUUUCCAACAAAUGGGAAAUCUGCCCUGAGAUGUAUGGUGACCUUAGGAAGAAAGGUUGGAGAACAGGGUUGGUGUUAUUGAUAAAGGUAGUGGUCAUACAACAUAAGUUCUUUCUUAUGCCUCCACUUAGGGCAGUAAAUAGGGUGCUCCUAGCCAGUGACUUUAUUUUAUUUUACUUGAUUUGGGCCCAUACAGUUUCUCAAGCCAGUAAUCCCUCCAUAAGUCCAUGAGAGCAGUUUCCUUGUAUUGCUAAACAGGAACUGUUCUCUCAGCAACCACUCCCGUGUCUGUUGUGGAAGGAUAAUUAUAGAUGCAAUAUGCAUAUAUAAAUAUAUUGGAUAAGUUAUAAUGUAACAGUUUACUCUAAUAAAGGAAAUUAAAAUCUA